AUGUUUGAAAUGACAUUAACAAACUGUGCCGGCUGUGGGGAGCCGAUAUUAGAUAAAUUUUUAUUUCAAGUAUUAGAUCGUGUUUGGCAUUCACAUUGUAUUAAAUGUAUGGAUUGCUGUACACAUUUGACAGAAAAAUGUUUUUCAAGAGAUGGAAAAUUAUUUUGUCGAUCAGAUUUUUUCAGGAGGUAUGGUCCAAAAUGUUCAGGGUGUCAACAAGGAAUUGCACCCGAAGCUUUUGUACGAAAAGCACGAGAUAAUGUUUAUCAUAUGGAUUGUUUUAAAUGUUGUUCAUGUUCAAAACAAAUGUCAACUGGUGAAGAAUUGUAUAUGACACAAGACAAUCGUUUUCUAUGUAAAGAUGACUUUAUACGAAACACAACAAAAGAUUUUCCCGUUGGAAUAUGCAAAAGUGAUUUUGAUGACGAUGAAAAAUCUUCAAUGGAAAAUAUUUCUGAUAAUCGACAUUUACCACGUACUACUUAUCAUCGUUUAUCAAACGAGUUGAAAUGUGAAAGAGACAAUGAUUUAUCUACCACUACCACUCCAAAUACAUCUUCUCAUGACUAUGAUAAAGAAAAUAAUUUAAAUGAGAUAAAUGGCCAUCAUCAUUGUUUAUCACAACCAUCCACAUUAACUAAUACGGACAGUAAUUUGAGUUCAUCCGAUUUGAAAGAUGAAAAUAUAGAUAUGGAUGAUUUGGAUAGUGAUUCGGAAAUUGGAAAUGGAAAUGAUUGUGGUUUAAACGGAUCAUCAAGUGGAUGUUCGUCAUCACAUAGUCAUAAAAAAAAUGGAGUGAUAGAUCAAGAUGGUAGUGGUGGCUCAUCGAAUGGAAACAAUAGUAAUGGUGGACCAAAAAAACGCGGACCCAGAACAACGAUCAAAACUAAACAAUUAGAAAUGCUAAAGUCUGCGUUUGCCACUACACCAAAACCAACAAGACAUAUUCGAGAAGAAUUAGCAAGAGAAACAGGAUUAGCUAUGCGUGUUAUUCAGGUGUGGUUUCAAAAUCGUCGCUCAAAAGAAAGACGAAUUAAACAAUCAACGUAUAGUAAUGGCGGUAGAAGAAAUUAUUUACGCCGAAUCCCAGGCGAUCGACGACCAUUUGAUGAAAGUGAAAUUUUAGGUCAUCAUGGAUUAAGUUAUAUAGCAGACCAAUUUCAAUGCGAGUUUCCUUACCAACAGCCAUCAUUCAAUGAAUUUGUGAUGCAUCAACGAUUAGGUUAUGGUGCUCCAUUGGAACAUAUGGCCAACGGAUCAAAUGAAAUACCGUUUGGCAGUGAGAACGUACCUAAUGGUCCUCCACCAGUUCCCGAUUCUGACGAACUUCCACAACAAUUCAAUGGUGGACAACCUAACGGACAAUUUUCUACAUUGCACGAUUCUUCAUGGGGAUGA